UCCUCUCUCCUCCCCCUCUCCCCGGCAGGCACCAUGUGCACUAUGUGAUCCCCUACGAUGGAGACCAGUCGCUGGUGGACUCCUCUGAGAAUUACUUUGUGAGCGACAGCGUCACUAAGCAGGAGAUCGACCUGAUGCUGGGGCUGCUGCUGGGGUUCUGUAUCAGCUGGCUGCUGGUGUGGCUGGAUGGAGCUCUGCACUGCGCUGUGAGGGCGUGGCGAGCCAGCCGGCGCUACGACUCCCCCUCCUGGUCCUGGCUGCCCCGGUUCUGUAACCUGCGGGCUCUGAGGCGCCCCGCGGCGCUGCGCCCGUUCGAGGACUCCAGCGGGAACAUGGUGCACAUCAAACAGAAGCUGUACCACAACGGACACCCGAGCCCUCGCCACCUCUGAGCAGAGCCUUCACCAGCGCUCGCUCUCGACGGUCCUUUCCAACUGAAAAACUCAAGCAAACCCUUCUUCUUUUUU